GCCCCCCGCCCCUCCCCGGCUCUGACAUCACCGGCCAGUCGGGUGGGGUGAGGCGGUGCUGGGCUCAGGCUCUGCUCCACGGGCGGAAGAGGCGGCGGCGGCAGGAUCGGCGGCAGCGGUGGCAGGAGCUAAGGAGCAGGCUCCAGACGCUGCUUAGGAACCGGGGACCCGGGAGUGCCCGCACCCUGAGCUCUCAGCUCCGGAGGCGUCAUGGCAGAGUACGGGACUCUCCUUCAGGACCUGACCAACAACAUCACCCUUGAAGAUCUGGAACAGCUCAAGUCAGCCUGCAAGGAGGACAUCCCCAGUGAGAAGAGUGACGAGAUCACCACAGGCAGCGCCUGGUUUAGCUUCCUGGAGAGCCACAACAAGCUGGACAAAGACAACCUCUCCUACAUCGAGCACAUCUUUGAGAUAUCCCGCCGUCCUGACCUCCUCACAAUGGUGGUUGACUACAGAACCCGUGUGCUGAAGAUCUCCGAGGAGGAGGAGCUGGACACCAAGCUAACCCGUAUCCCCAGUGCCAAGAAGUACAAAGACAUUAUCCGGCAGCCCUCUGAAGAAGAAAUCAUCAAAUUGGCUCCCCCACCAAAGAAGGCCUGAGCAAGGGGGAGGAAGAGGAGGAAGGUUGGAUCUUCAUCAGACCACUCCCUCCCCCAUCCUCAGUGGGAGGGGCUAGGGCAACCCCUUGCUCCAUACCUAUUUACUAACUUGGUCCUAACCCUUACUAUGCGCGUGUGUGUGCGUGUGCGCACGCUCUGGCUGUCUGUCUGUCUAGCUCAUCUAGUUCCUCCUCCUCAUGAGGGGAUUGGAGUCAAGGGAGGGGGAGCUUAAUUCCCCCCACUUUAGGGGGAGGUGGACGCUUUUUCUAUGUAAACAGAAAUUGGCACAUUCCUCCUCCUCCUCCUCCUCCCCUUUCCUCCACUCUUCCCUCACAUCUUUAUGGAAGCAGAAAGGACCUGCAUUUUCCUACACUGAGGAGCUAUGGUGAAGAUGAGGUAUGGGAGAGAUGGUUAUAUCUUAAAAACAAAACAAAACAAAACAAAACAAAAACCAGUGGGGAAGGAAGGAAGGUAAAGAGGCUACUCAACCUCCGCCUGGUAAGGGGCAAGGGAAAGUCAGAAUUCAGUGUUUGUAUCUCUCUGCUGGACUGGUCAGAAUCCAGCUUCCCACUGUUCCUUAGGCUGUGGUCCUGAGUGCCAACGGGCCCUCCUUAGGCCCCUGUUAUGGGCCUGGGAUGUGGAUGAGCCAGAAAUCUUAAUGAGGAGACCACUCGAUCCUUUCCUGGUCUCAAAGAUCAAACCCCAAUGGAGAAGCCAGCAUUUACUGUCCCCCCACCUUCUGCUCUGGAGAGAUGAUGCUGGAACCAUGCACUACUGAGCCUGAGCUAGGGACCCAGGCAGAGACAGGCCCACUUUCCGCUCCUCAGUUUCUAAAUCCAGACUGUUGGAUAUGCUGACCUGGAGCCUAGGGAGACUGGGGAAUGAGAUCCUUAGGUUUUAACCCCAACCUGCCCACAACCUACAGAGUAUUGUAGGCAACCUUUCCACUCUCCAGUUUAGAAUUCUCCAAGCAAGAAUUAAUUACAAUGUUUCCUUUGCACUGACCACCACCCUGAUUCAAUCCAGGAAGGGACUGAUAACCUUUCUCAUUUGGGUUUGUGGAUGCCACACAGCCAAGGCACUAGAGUGCAGUGAGUGAACCCAGCCUCCUCCCUGUCCCAAGAUGCCCUUCCCCAUCUUGACCGUGCUAACUGUGUGUACAUAUAUAUUCUACAUAUAUGUAUAUUAAACCCGCACUGCCAUGUCUGCCCUUUUUUGUGGUUUUUAGCAUUAACUUAUUGUCUAGGCCAGAGCGGGAGUGGGAGGGGUGGGAGGAGGAUGCCACAGAAAGGAAGUGGCAGAGCCAAAUUGUUACAGAGUCCAAACAGAAAAGAACACAUUUCAACCAAUCACAACAAAUGCUACAUUUACAGUGUGAGCUAAAAGACAAUUUAGAGAAAGAUGAAGGUAGGAGCUUUUAGGAUAAGGGAGCAACACUUCACAGGGAGGGGAGGACCACUGUCAGAGAGGGCGCUUGAAGCCAGACUGGCUAGGGCACCUUCAGUUCCUAGUUGAGCCCAGUUUGCCCAUCUCUGGCACUGCUGCAGACACCUGCCUUAACACUCACACCUCGAAGACUCCAGUUUUGCCUUAAAGGUCGUCCUUCCUAAGUCUCCCCAGUCCUGCCUGGCAUCUCCUUUAAGAAAUCCUUGUACAACUGGGAGAAAGGGACUAUGGGUAACAUCCUUCCAUCUGGGGUGUUGCACGGGAGGAGAGAGAUGGCGCUCUCCUUACGGGGGAGAGAGAGGAGACAGGGUGCUUCUCAGAAGCUUCUCUGUAAGGCAAAACCCCAACCUUAAACAGACUAACCUGCCCUAAUACAUGCACCCACCCCGCUACCCUCGUGCUGCUGUGAGGCUGCCCCUAGCCUGUGCUCCUCUGUCUGCAGCGUGCACAGCCUUGUUCUAACCCUGGAAUAAAGGUGACUGACUCUACUGUA